GGAGGGGGGAGCUCACUAGUGUUAGUCAGGCAGCAGCCACAGGUCUGCCCUGCUGCUCCAGGAGGGAGGUCAGCUCCUCUGAAUAUGCUUAGGACAAGAACAGAGGAUUAUCCUUAAAAAACCUUGCAGCAUUGCACAGCCCUCUAUUGUGGGGGGUCUUAUAAGGAUCUAUUGAGAAUUGCAGGUUGGGGAAGAAAUAGGAGAUAGGGGGUAGACCUCAGUAACCUGCAUCCCAGCUUAGUCCUUGCCUUGGGGGUGCAGAGAGCCUCCAAGAUCUGCCUACUUGAGAACAUCACUGUCUGGUGGUCUCCUCCAGCUCAGACACAGCCUACCAGACUGCAGUGCAUGGUCUGAGCUGGUCGUAUUGAGGAGAUCAGGGGGUCCUGUCUGGGACAAAGUUGUAUGUCUAAUUGCCCCCAGCCGGCGCUGUCACUGCUGUCAGAAGAGGGGAGAGCCAGCGGGUGAAUCUGUGUACUGUAGAAUGAGUGCCCUACCUCUGCUGCCUGGCACCGUGACCUACAGUAGGAGCUGAAUGAUGAUGGAGCUAGGACGUGUGCUACGUGCAAGGAACAUGCUGACACUGACAUGGAUAGAGUGCAUCAGCGGGGGAAGCCCAUAAAGAGUGAAGCUAAGUCAUCCAGCCAAGAACCUGGGCAGUCCAGAGUGCUAUCUACUUUACAGGGUGCCAGAAUGGGGGUACAAGGAUUUCCACAACUCUCAGUGACUACACCCCACCACCCGUCUGAUGUCCACCCUACUGUCAGCUCAUUUAACGCAGGUAUUAGGUGCCAUUAUCAACCACAGCAGGAGGAGUCCACUACAGAGGAUUUUUCUGCUGAAGCCGAACCAGACCCCCUGUUGAUCCGUGCCGUUGGCACUGUUCGGCCAUGUGUUUUAACGAACGGGGAGAUGCCGAUGGUAAGGACUGGGGCAGCAGUGAACCGGGAUAUGGCUGGUUUUCUUUCCAGGGAGGUUGAUGGUGGCAGCACUGGCCAGGACGGGUUGGUGACCAUCAAUGGUCGAAGAGAUGGAUUGCCUGUUAAAAGAAAAUGGAAUGGAGUAAUGGAGAACAGGGUUGUAUCCUCAGAGAGUGGACCUUCUGGAUUCCCUCCUAUGGAGGGCAAGAGAAGAGAGAUCUGCAGAAGCGAGGCACACCAUAGCACAAAACCUCCAAGUGUGGUAGUAUCUGCCCAAAGAAUGGCCUUAGACUACAUCGUCCCGUGCAUAAUGUACUAUGGUAUUUGUGUCAAGGACCACUUUUUAGGAGAAUCUUUGGGUUCCCGUGUCUUAGAUGAGGUGGAGAUACUGAACCGCAGUGGGAAGUUUAGAGACGGACAGCUUGUUAGCCAGAGAACCAUACCUUCCAAAAAUAUUCGGGGAGAUCAGAUUGCCUGGGUCGAAGGAAGGGAACCCGGCUGUGAGAACAUAGGGAUCCUCAUGUCCAGGAUAGACGAGGUCAUCAUGAACUGCAGCAAGCAACUUGGCAGCUAUAUCAUCAAUGGCAGAACCAAGGCGAUGGUCGCUUGUUAUCCGGGCAACGGGAUGGGAUAUGUACGACAUGUCGAUAAUCCAAACAGGGAUGGACGUUGCUUAACCUGCAUUUACUACCUAAAUCAAAACUGGGACACAGAGGUCCAUGGGGGACUCCUACAGAUCUUCCCAGAAGGCCGUUCCGUUGUAGCCAACAUUGAGCCAUUGUUUGACCGGUUAUUGAUAUUCUGGUCCGAUCGCCGCAAUCCUCAUGAAGUUAAGCCGGCCUACGCCAUGCGGUAUGCCAUCACUGUCUGGUAUUUUGAUGCAAAGGAACGAUCAGAGGCCAAAGACAAAUACAGACUAGCCAGCGGACAGAAGGGAAUCCACGUCCCGGUAUCCACCUCUGGAGAAGUGUGACGGGGAGGGGAAGGUUAGAUGCCUCCUAGUAGUCGUUCUAUAGGCGCCUCUCAGCUGCUAUCAUCUGGGCAAGGAUACCAGUCACCAGGCAGAACUGGAAUUCUUUCUUACCCCCCUCCCGGGUAGAUGUUUGCUGAUUUUUACCUCCUCGCGGCCUGCCUUUGGGAUCAUCCGAUCAACCUCUUUCCUGAAAUGUGAAUAUGUAAAAUGAAGCUAGAUCACACGGCCAGCAGAGCAUUACACCGGGAAGGCAUCCGCAGACUAUUGCCCCAUGGUCAGACGUUUGUUAAGAAUUGCUGAAUGUUCACUCAAACCUUGCACAGACAGAGAGCUAUAGGCCAGAGGCGAAGCAGCAGGGGUCUGCUGUGCACUUGUCCUGGCAUGUCAUGACGUCAGUAUGACUGGGAAGAUGUCGAGUUGGGAUAAGCUCAGGAAGAGGGGGGUGGGGUGGUAAACCAUAGACGUCAGAGACCUCUAGUGAUGAAGAUAUAGAUUGCCUUGAAGGCAAUGUGAAGAUACAACAGAUACAGUCAUAAGGGCAAACAAGGGACACAGAAAACAGUAUACAAAAUGGUGACUGGGAGCAGGGAGAGAUCAAAGGGCUUCACCUUGUGUUCUUCAUAGGAUGAUAUGAAGGAGAAGUCAACGUGUCACAUCCAAAUACGUGUAUGUCUGUCUGUGGCUCCUGUAAAGCGCUGCCAGACCCUCACCCCUGUCUUCCUGCUGCUAUAUGCUGUCAGUUAAAGGGUUAAUGUUUGCAAAGUUCACUUUUUUUUUUCUUUUUCUAAAACUAAUUUUUUCCCCCCAUCCACCCAAGACAGACCGAGGUGGAGAUCAGAUGUUUGUAUGAAAGAAAGAUACUGAUUUAUAUUGUAAGAGCUGCAAUAAAAAUUACCU